AAGUGCUCGUGUUUAUUUCGGUCGUCACUUCCGUCCUUUCUCGGCAUGAAAAUUUCGUAGUAUUUUUAAAAAUGACGUCCGCUCGAGACUGAUAAUUUCUAAAAUGUUUUCUAAAUUAAGUUUAAAUAUGUCGCGGUUUAGCUUUUACGAACUUAUUUUGCUGCUGAUCAACUCUUGUCACACCCUAGUCGAUUGGUUGCUUGCCGCAAUCUACGACUUAGUUAGGUUCCUCUUGUUCAGAAACCGAGACGUCUACAGGUCCGAAUCAGUGAAACGUUUGCGGAAGUUGCCGCUCCAUCUGGGCCUGGUGGUCGUCGAGGAAGACGAACUGUCCAUCGCUGACCUCGCCCGGAUCGUCGCCUGGUCCGUGCUUGUUGGCAUCUCCUGCAUUUCUGUCUAUGAUCACAGAGGUCACUUGAAAUUAAAAUGGAAAGAGGAAGAACUGAGAACAAAAUCAACAAAGGAAGUUGAAAAAUUACUAAGUAAAAAGAAGACACCAUCAUCUUUCCAGGCAUUAUCAUCUCCAUUAACUCAACAAAAUUCUAGUAACAAACCGAAUGAUGCAAUAAAUCUUUUACAAAAGAAAAAUGGUUUUCACAAACAUUCAACUACAAUUUUAGGUAGUCAGUUACACGUGUUGGGGCCAAAAGACGGACAAUCAAACUUAAUUAGUGUCACAAAGGAAUUAUGUUCCCAGGAUAACUUACGUUUUGAAGACAUUGAUGUUCUAUAUGUAGAUAGUUUAAUGCAAAAAACUUCUGGAUUUCCUGAUCCAGAUUUGGUCUUUCGGUUUGGCAGUACUCAAAGUAUGUUAGGCUUUUUACCAUGGCAGUUAAGACUGUCUGAAAUUUUCUCACUUAGAACCCACAAGAAUUUAGGAUUUUCAGAAUACUUUAACUGCUUAGACGCAUUUGCAGAUAUCAAACAGAGAUGUGGAAUUUAAUUAUUUUUAUUCAUUUAUUAAUUUAUUAUUCAAUUAUAAUGUCAAUAACGUUAACCCUUCUAUAUUCU